GAAAAAUAAUUUAAAACAAAAAUAAAUGAUUCACACAGAAAUGAUUCACACAGUUUUAGCUCGAGUUUAUUAUUUCAUUCAGAAUUUAUUACAGUUUGAGCUGAAAUCAGAAUCACUGGAACAAGUGGUUGUUUCCAUAUUUUUGCUAUUUUAUCAUUUUGACGUGUGAAGAAUUUAAACAAUGGCCAGCCGCAGAAAAAUCCUGUUGAAGAUCAUCCUACUUGGUGAUCCGAACGUUGGCAAAACGUCUCUAAUGAAUCGAUAUUUGAGUCAGAAGUUCUCGAAUCAAUAUAAAGCGACAAUCGGUGUUGAUUUCUUAACAAAGGAAGUAAUGAUUGACGAUCGUGUCAUUACUUUGCAGGUUUGGGAUACAGCUGGUCAAGAACGGUAUCAGUCGCUGGGAACUGCAUUCUAUCGUGGAGCCGAUUGCUGUUUGAUGGUAUUUGAUGUAACGGAUGCAAAUAGCCUAAAAAAUUUGGAAACAUGGCGAGAUAUCUUCCUUGUGCAAGCCAAUCCACCUGAUGCGGAUAGCUUCCCGUUCGUCAUUGUUGGCAACAAAAUUGACUUGGAAAAUCGAGUGAUAUCUACGAGAAAUGCCGAGAAAUGGUGUCAAGAACACAACAAUAUUCCCUACUUUGAAACAUCGGCUAAAGAAGGUGUCAAUGUUCAACUUGCUUUCGAGACCAUUGCUCAAAAAGCAAUAGCGCAAAUAAAUGAGAGUGAUGUUCCAGACUUUGCGAGCUUGAGUUUGGAACCGGAACCAAAACGAUCUUCUAGAAAACGAAAACGUUGUUCAUGUUAAUCACUUGGUGAAUCAAUAAAGUGGUAUUUGAAUAAACAUAUCUUAGUGCAUAUGAUAUAUCCAGAAAAAAUAAAUGAUUCUCCCGAAA